AUGGAGUUAGAGGUGCGGAGAACAACUGGCUCCUCCGCUAAGGGGAUAAAAAGGAGUAUCGGCAUUUCAUACAUCGUUGAGCCUUUUUUAGUUGGACUUUGCUGCCUUAUUGGCACUGAUCAGUUUGAUAUUUUACUAUUUCAUACAGAUAUUUCAAUUAAGUUCCAAUACUAUAUACUACAAAUCACUGUAAUUCUGACUUUACUUGGCUCUGUCCUUAUUAACUUUGAGAAUAACUUUAUUUUAAAUAUUUUUUACUUUUCCUAUACCAUGUUGUUGGUUAUAAUUCAUUUGUCAAGGGUUAAGUUUAUUUACUCGUUUAUAUUUGGGUUAGUUUUCUUAGUUUUGGAUUACUUUCUGCUUGAGCUAAAAACGGAUAAUUUUGCAAACUAUUUUAUUUUACACGUUGGAGUUUUGCAUUUUUUGAUUAUUGCUCUUGUAAAAACGCGUAUUAAUUCAGCUUUUAUCAUAACAUUACACACUAUCUGCAUAGGCUAUUCUAUGACACUCAUUAUAAUACACUCUUGUUCAUACUAUUCUAAAUACAAUUCUGGGUUGGUAUGGUUUGUACUGGGUUUGUUCACAGCCCGGUCAUUGCCUCAACUUUUGUGGAGUUUUCGUGAUGGAGAUCUGGAUCGUGAGAUCCAAGUUCAGAGUUUUUCCGAAAGUUUAGCUAUAUGGAGGUUCGUGUUUUGCUUCGUUUCGUUUAUUAUGAAGCUGACCAUGGGGAAAGCCAAUUUUUAUACCAAUUCAGAGGGUGGUACUAAAUACUUUGAAAAAAUAUGUGAUAAAUUAAAAAAAGCUUAUGAACCAUUUUGCGAUAAAAAAAAAGAUUUUAAAGAUAAUUUUAAGGAGUUAUAUAAGCAUACAAAAGAUUUUUAUAUGUUUAAUAAUGAAAAUUGUAAUAAUAAUGGAGAAUGUAGUUGGUGUAUGCCCUUUUUAGAAAAAAUCUUUUAUUUGUGUCGUUUAUAUCCUUUCUUUUCAUUUAUCUUUACCGGUGGAUUUAUUUUAAAGUCGCCACCACUAACUCACUUAAUAUAUUGUCCUUAUUCAAGUCACCAAAAAUUAAUUAUUGAUAAUAUUAAUAGGAUUUCUUUCCUUAUUGGCUGUUGUUUUGGGGCCGCAUAUCCAGCAUCUGUUACUGGAAAUCAUUAUUAUUAUUACAUCAUCACAUUUAGCGUUUAUUUAUCCCAUAUUGUUCUUUCAGUUACACUCGCUUAUAUUGGUCAAUUCUUAUCUUUAUACAUAUUAUACACUAUAGCUUCUUUAUCGGGUUUUUUCUUGGGAUAUACAUUUUCUUAUUCAUUAGGAGCAUUCACAAAUAGUAUAUUAAUUCAAACUUGUAGAAGAGAAGAGUUUGAUAAUCCCUUUACAAGUGAAAAAACCGAUGAGAAGCUUAUGCCUUGUUGUGGCGAUAAAUUCAAUAAUGAAUGCUACUGUAAGUAUCCAUCUAUUAUACCCGUCCAUCAAACUGUUCAAAUGCCGUUACGUUGUUCCAAAUCUAUUUUCGAAUGUAGAAGUUUGAAGUAUGACCCCAAUGGUUGUAAUGCUAUAAUAAUUUGUGAUAACGAUGCAAAGAUAACUAAUUGUACCAAAAGCCCAUGUGAAGGCGUUUGUUGUACAGAAACUGAUUGUAAGUGUUUGAGGUUGCUUGGAGUUUACAAGCUUGAGGCUGUUUCAACUAGCGCCUGUGCUGAGUGCCAAUUAACUGUAAGAAUUGAGGGAACUAAACUUGAAUGCAAUUCAUGUGGAGGUACCUGCAGUUCUGGAAAUAGUGGAGGUACUUGUAAUUGUCAAAAUGGAGAUGGAACUUGUUGUUUAUGUGUCAAAUGUUGUGAUAAGGGCUGUUGUACUGGUUGUAGUCAGGAGAAAUGCUGUUGUAUAAAAUUUUGUUGCUGUAAAAAUGGAUGUAAAAGUUGUAAGUGUAAAUGUAACGGCAAAAAAAAAUGUUGUAAUGAAUGCAAUGGAACCAACAGCAAAGGUUCGAAUGGCAAUUGUUCAAAUGGAAAAGAUUCAAAUGGCAAUUGUUCAAAUGGAAAAGGUUCAAAUGGAAAGGAAUUCAAAAUAGAAAAUGUUUGUACUAGAAUUUUUAUAUGUUAUAAAAACUGUGCAAAUAAUGGAGAUAAUUGUUGUUUAAGAGAAUUAAAACCAAAUAGUGUUGAUUUUGAUGGUAUGCUAGAUAAAUUUGAAUGCUUUGAUAUAAGAUAUAUAUUCUUUAGAGACUGUUGUCAUGUUGAUAUGCAAAUUGAUUUACAUUGUUCACUAAGAAAUAACUACUUCAGACUGAACGGAGUUAAUUAUCCAAAGAAGUCGAAUGACUCCAAAACACUUAAAUUUUAUGGUAGAAUAUUAAAGUCUUGUAAGCAACCAGAAAAACAAUGUUGCUGUCUAUUCCGAAAAAUUACCAAACUCUUUCUAUCUCCCGAGGAUUGUGAUCCAGAAAAAAAGUGUUCUGAAGACUGCACUGGUAGUUCUGGUGGUUGCUGUACAUGUCCAAAUUGUCUCUUGUUUUGCCGAUUAAAGAUUGAUAAAUCAGGCUCAUUUGUUAAGAGGGUUGAUAAGUUUAGGGUCAAGUUUAUUGUUAUAUCAUUUGUUAUAUUUGCCCUUGUAUGCUUGAUGAUAGAAUCGUUAGUAAUGAUUUCAAGGUAUAGAAACCGCCCAGCCAUUUUUAACCCCAACGCAACGUAUGAACAAAUAACAAAGUUGGUAGAGAAGAAGAACUUUAACUCCGUUGAACAAGUGAGCGCCAGGUUGACAUCGUUAAUGAAUGUGAACAAAAUAGCAGAAGGUGCAAAUGAUGAAAAGAUUAAUCAUUUUAAAAAAAUGUCGGAGGUACUCAAGAAGCACAUGAGUGAACCAGAAUAUCUGAAAUUGUACAGCCACCUAGAAAAUGUAUCACUAACGUUUUUGUCAAGAUCAAAUAGGACAGAGUUCAAAAGUUUAGAAAAACAAGUGAUACUGUGGAGUCAUUGCGUAGGAUUUUUCUACGGGUACGCGUUUCCUUUGUUCACUUUCAUACAAGAGUUCUUUACUAAAUGGGAUAUGAUGUGGAAUAUUGAGCAUGAAAACUAUAUUAGAGUGGUUAGGCCAAGACUUAAUAAAAUGUCACACUUAUCCAAAUAUUCACUCACACUUCUUGAUGUGCUAACGACCAGUGAUAAAACAGUGAGAUCAAUAGGUAUGACCAGAACGUCUUCUUGGGUUGGUGUAAUGGAGGAGCUCAAAUGGGCCGUAAAACUUGAUGAAACUGAGAAGGGGGUGAGCGACUUGCCCCUCGCAACAAGUAUGGGAGAGAAACUAGAACGAUUUUUGAAGGCAUGGUUGCACAGACAAACAUACGUAGGAAGCUGGAUUACUAAGAAAACCAAUGUGUUUGAUUGGGCAGGCUUCACUUCACAGUAUGAAAAUAUAGAGAAAUGGAUUGAGCAAGUUUCACCUUACUUGAUGCUUGGGUCUGAGUACGUCAACAUCCAGCUUAAUGAAUUAAACCAAGAGGUGAAAUCAUAA